AUGUCCCAGAUAGAUAUUCCAGGCGAUUUCAGAGAUGAAAUAAGAGACGAAGAUAGAAAUGACGAUAAUCCACCUUCAAAUUCAGGUCCAGCGGGCCCAGUCCUGAGGCUCGAUGCUGGCAGGAAUCGCCCCAAACCAGCGCCUAAAGCUACCGCCGACACUUUAACACAAGGACUAUCAGAUGAAGACCUGUGGAUGCUCAUCCGGCGAUUCAACAAACAAAUAUACCAUGUCAAGGCAGCAGCCAAUACCGCCUCGGAGGAUCUCGAUCUGAACAGGGCGCAGGAUGAGCAAUUUCCACCGGAGAAGGUUCGGAUCACGAUCGAGCGUUUCUAUACCUCGGUCGUGAUUAGGGUAGUGGCUUUCUGCAGCCAUAUCGCCCGGCUACGGUCGUGGAAAGAGCCACGGCGGACGGCGAUUUUCUGUGCAGGUUACUUUAUUGCCUGGUUAUUUGAUGCCGUUAUUUUUACUCUAUCAGGGCUUUUGAUUGCUUUGAUUUUGUGUCCGCCACUCCGUCGGGCGCUUUUCCCUGGUCCAUCUCCAGUGACUACUUUGGAGAAUUCGGCAACUGGAGCUCACGGCAAGCAGGACAGUGUCAUCGGGGCCUCAGAAAGACACAAAGGAGAGGCUGCUGAGCGAGAGGCUCAUAAUCUUGUCAACAGUGUUGCUACCAUUGCCAUGAAAAGUGCUACCAGUAAAUACGGACAGGCUGUGUCUGAAGAUGCUGAAAAGGUCGCCGAGCCGGAGAGUCUGGAAGAUGUUGUCGAUACGGCAGAAGGACUGGAUGAAAGCGUUACCACAGAGACGCAGAAGCCGAUGAAGAGGAAGGUAGCCAACGCUACCGACGAGAUAAUGCGGACGAUGAAUGAGGUUACCGAUACUUAUGAGAAAUUCUGCAAUCUCCUUUCACCGACACCUCCAUUUGUCACAUACGCCCCUCGUCUACGUUUGGUGGGAAUCAUGGCCUCCGUAUGCCUGUUAUCGCUCGUUGUCUCGAGCAAUUUCAUAAUCAAGGCUGCUGCCUUUACACUUGGACUGGGGUUCUUCGGAGAACCCAUCAUCAAUUACAGCAUAGGUUACCUCAAUCGCAAGAUCCCGAACUGGAAGCAACACCUCGACCUGCAAAAGACACUCCUCAAAGGCAUCCCAACCAACGCACAAUUGACACUAACCCUGCUACGUAUCGGCGAGAUCAACUCCUCUCCUCUCGCUCCCCCACCAGACACCGAAGACAAGGACUCCUCAUCGCUCAUCCGCCGCAAAGCACGCGCCGUCAUCGCCUCCAACGCAGCCCCCACUAAACUAGAAGCAAUCGAUUCGACAGACUCACCUACAGACCCGCAGACCGACCCAGCGCCGAAACAGAGAAAGAAAUGGUUCUUCAAAAUCCUCCGAAUCGUCCGCCGCACAAUCGCGACCGCAAUCAAAAGUCACGGCGCAUUCGACCGCGCCAUGCGCAUCGCCAACUCGGCACACACGCGAACCCUCCUCGAACUCCUGGCCAAGAAAGAUUGGUUUGCGGCGCCUACGGGCCCGCUCAAAUUUGAAGCAAAGUUUCAGCGGAAGCGCGGGACGGCGGUGAUUGACUCGACUCAGGAACCGCCUGUGAUGUACUUUACGACUACGCAGUCUGCGUCGAUCGAUGAUUUGAAGCUGGAGAGUCAGAAGAAGGGAUCCGUUUUGUUUCAGAUUCCUGUUAGUGAUAUUACGGAGCUCAAGAAGACGGAAGGGCUGGGAUGGAAGGGCAAGUUGAUAGUGGAGUUGACGGCAGGGAGCAAAGAGGCUGCGGAUGGAUUGGUUAUUUCCGGCAGCGAAAGCGAGCAGGCGUAUCAUUUAACAGGGAUGAAAGCGAGAGAUCAGUUGUUUAAUCGGUUGAUUGCUAUUGAUGCGCAGUUUUGGGAGAGUCAUUAA